AUGAGGUUGACGUUUUUAUUAGGAUUUCUAUUCCUCUAUUCAGUUGGGGUCUUUUCAGAAGAGGAAAAGAAGGAGGUGAAGUACGGAACUAUCAUAGGUAUCGAUCUUGGUACAACUUACUCAUGUGUCGGUGUUUACAAAAAUGGACGAGUUGAAAUCAUCGCUAAUGACCAAGGUAACCGUAUCACCCCAUCCUAUGUAGCAUUUUCGGGCGACUCUGGUGAGCGUUUGAUCGGUGACGCUGCCAAGAAUCAGCUCACCAUCAAUCCCGAAAACACAGUCUUCGAUGCUAAACGGUUAAUUGGUCGUGACUACCAAGAUAAAACCGUUCAGGACGAUAUCAAGCUCUGGCCUUUCAAGGUUGACAACAAGAACAACAAGCCCAUGGUUUCACUCAAAGUCGGCCAAGAAACAAAACAAUUUGCACCGGAAGAGAUUUCUGCAAUGGUUUUGACGAAAAUGAAGGAAAUCGCUGAGUCGUACCUUGGAAAGGAGGUGAAGCACGCCGUCGUUACCGUACCAGCUUACUUCAACGAUGCUCAACGACAAGCGACAAAAGACGCCGGAACAAUCGCUGGAUUGAAUGUUGUCCGAAUUAUCAACGAACCCACUGCCGCCGCUAUCGCUUAUGGUCUUGACAAGAAAGAAGGUGAGCGCAAUAUCCUGGUAUUCGAUCUGGGAGGUGGUACCUUUGAUGUCUCCAUGCUGACGAUCGACAAUGGUGUGUUCGAAGUGUUGGCGACAAAUGGUGACACUCAUCUUGGAGGAGAAGAUUUUGACCAGCGUGUUAUGGAGUAUUUCAUCAAGAUUUACAAGAAGAAAACGGGUAAAGAUAUCCGCAAAGAUAACCGCGCCGUCCAGAAGUUGCGUCGUGAAGUCGAGAAAGCCAAGCGAGCAUUAUCCACGCAGCAUCAAGUGAAAGUUGAAGUGGAGUCGCUCUUUGAUGGUGAAGACUUCUCCGAGUCGCUUACCCGAGCCAAAUUCGAAGAGCUGAACAUGGAUCUCUUCCGUGCUACAUUGAAACCCGUGCAGAAAGUUCUUGAAGACUCAGAUCUGAAGAAGGAGGACGUUCACGAGAUCGUACUCGUCGGUGGUUCCACUCGUAUCCCCAAAGUCCAGCAACUCAUCAAGGACUUCUUCAACGGAAAAGAGCCAUCACGUGGUAUCAACCCGGAUGAAGCCGUCGCCUACGGUGCCGCUGUACAGGCAGGAGUGAUCAGUGGUGAAGAAAAUACUGGCGAUAUUGUACUGCUAGAUGUGAAUCCACUCACUCUCGGUAUCGAAACCGUUGGAGGUGUGAUGACAAAGCUGAUCACGCGUAACACUGUUAUCCCCACCAAGAAGUCUCAGGUGUUCUCCACUGCCGCCGAUAAUCAGCCAACAGUAACCAUUCAGGUGUUCGAAGGUGAACGGCCGAUGACAAAGGAUAACCAUCAGCUUGGCAAAUUCGAUCUGACUAACAUUCCACCAGCUCCUCGAGGUGUGCCACAGAUUGAGGUCACAUUCGAAAUCGAUGUCAACGGUAUUCUUCAUGUAACUGCUGAGGAUAAGGGAACUGGUAACAAGAACAAGAUUACAAUCACCAACGAUCAGAAUCGUCUCAGCCCUGAAGAUAUUGAACGAAUGAUCAACGAUGCUGAGAAGUUCGCUGAAGAUGACAAGAAGGUCAAAGAACAAGUGGAGGCUCGUAACGAAUUGGAAUCGUACGCAUACUCACUGAAGAACCAAAUUGGUGACAAAGAAAAACUUGGUGGAAAGUUAGAUGCAGACGAUAAGAAGACGAUUGAAACAGCUGUAGACGAAGCUAUUAGUUGGCUAGAGAGCAAUCGUGAAGCUUCAGUGGAUGAUCUCAAGGAGCACAAGAAGGAUUUGGAAGGAAAGGUGCAACCAAUCAUCAGCAAGCUCUACAAAGACGCUGGCGGUGGUGGUGGAGAAGGAGAAGCUCCACCCACCGAAGAUAAGGAUGAGCUGUAG